UUUAACCUUGUAGUUGGGUUUUAAAUGCUUUAAGUUGGUGAUCAACUUCCACAAAAAACGUUCCUAUCUUAGUAAAUCUGAAUGGAUUGAUUAUUCUUCGAUUGUCGCAUAAUUUUAACGACGGUUGGACAAAAAACGUGUUAGUCAUGGAGAAGUCCGACGUUUUCUCCUGCUUCUACAAAGUUUUACUAUGUGGGAUAUUCGUUCAACUCGUUGGAAGCUAUUACCUCUCACAACCAAGCUCUUCCACCAAAUCCUGUCUAUCUGGGCAGUUCAUGACUAUUACUUACGGACGAUGGUACUGCCACAAUGGUACAGCAACCGUCACAACCAGAAUGAAUUCCAAUUGUAACUACAAUACCCAAUGUACCAUAGUCGCAGACAACUCCUGGACUGGAAUCAAUCCUUGUCUUGGAAUUUGGAAAACUCUUUACUGGACAUCUACUUGCUCAGCAAUUUGGGGAGAAUGGAUUUCAUGGUCUAACUGUCCCGUAGACUGUACCACUCACAACCAAUACCGGAACAGACCAUGUCAAAAGCCUAUUUCAUGCGGAUCAGCCCCAACAGAGUACAUUCCUUGUAAACGUUUGGGGUGCUACUCAUCGUCGGAUAUCAGUAGAAACACCCCAAAUAACCUGGUGUACUAUAGUCUGACCACCGACUGUUUUGUUGCCACAGGAAGAACGUCCGUCGCCUUCAGAGCAAGAGCAAACAAUGAUCUUCAUAUCGCCUUGGCGAGUGAAGAUAGCAUAACUAGUGGUACCCAUUAUGAAUUCAUUAUCGGAGGUUGGGCUAACAGCCGAUCCGAAAUAAGAUACGGAAUCAGUUCUACUGUUUGUGAUUCUUAUAGUGGCUCUGUUCUAACCCAAACAUAUUUUGACGAGUUUUGGAUUUCUUGGAUUGGAAAUGACAUCCGUUUUGGCACAGGGAGUACUCCUGGAAGUAAUAUUCGCAUGAGUUGCUAUCAUUCAACUCCAUACGACGUCAAUUUUAUUUGGAUAGAGACAGGAUGGGGUUCCACAGGGGAAUGGAGAUUUCCAAAUGAUGUUGCUUGCAAACAUGUUACUAAUUCCGAUGUCAGCAUUACCACAGAUGACACAUCCUGCAACGGGAGAAGUUACUAUGCUUGCAAUACGGGAUACAAACAUGUCGCGGGAAACACACAACGUACAUGUGGAUUUGGUGGAAUUCUGUCUGGAUAUCCUCUUGUGUGCUCUGUUUCGACAUGUAAAAUUGACAUAGUGUUCAUCGUGGAAGCUUCGGCCUAUACUUCAUCGAUUCAUUCAGCAUUAAUGACAGCUAUUGGCGAUUUGGCGGGAAGUCUACAAAUUUCAACAAGUAAUAUUUUAGCUGGAGUCAUUACAUAUGACGAUACUGUGGACCUAAACAUCGACCUCAAUGACUACUACUCCGCUUCGACACUGGAUAGCUACAUUACAUCAAUACCUAUAUCAAACGCUGCCUCUGCCGUAAACCUGGCUGAAGCUCUGCGAGUAGGAUUUUACGACUUCUUCACAUUAUCCAAAGGAAAUAGAUUCACAGCUUUCAGACACUUUGUUGUGAUUGCAAAAACUUAUUCUUCACAGACAGGUGCCACAGUGGCCGAUCAAAUCAGAAUGAACCUAAAAAAUCAGCUUUUUACGAUUGGAAUUUCUCCAUCAGCCUCUUUAAUCACGGACCUAAAAGCAAUUGCGGGUGACGAUAGCAGACAUUUUGAAGUUAGUUCUACCGAUGAAUUGUAUCCUAAGUUCAACAAUAUUUUUCAGAAAAUCGCCGUUUGUUCUGAUAUGACAUUUGAGCCAUUGACGGCUGAGUGUGAGCUUGAUAUCGUAUUUAUAGUAGAGAGAUACAACUUACGAUACACCAAAAGAUUUCUGGCGGAGUUGCUGGAGAAUAUAACUAUUUCAAGUACUGGCAUUAAAGUCGGUAUGGUUUUAUUUGAUUCUGGGGCGUCAACUGUAUUUAGACUUGACUCUUAUACUUCCUCUGAAUCUGUUCGAAGUGCCAUUGAAUCGAUCUCGGAGACGAAUCAUACCGACCAUUUGGUAGACAAAGGGUUGAUAGAAGCCCGGGACAAUGUGUUUACGGCCGCUAGAGGUGAUCGUGCCGAUGCCAGUAAUUACUACGUGAUUAUUGUUGGACCAUUCGAAAGUUAUCCGGAAGCUGUAGCAAAGGACAUACGGAGUAGUGGGAGCAAUUACAUCUUUUCUAUUCAUAUCGGAAAUCAAUACCAGACCGAAUAUCAGAAGGCCGUGGAUACCUGUGGAGACUACACCAAGUACACUAAUGUGGAUUCUUACGAAAACCUGAUUAACAUUAAAAACGAUAUCCUUCAAAAAAUCACAUCAUGUGAAAGCGUAAACAUAACCAUUCCUGAUUGCCCAUUAGACAUUGUUUUCAUCAUGGAGGAUACAGAUGAACUAAGUGCUACGGAAUUUAACGACAUGAAAAGCUUUUUUGUGAGUUUGGUGUCCCGUAUGGUCAUCGGAGACUCGGCAAUUAAGGUAGGGGUGGUGACUUACGCUGAUGGGGCCACCACUGCUUUCCCGCUGAACCAGUACUCUACAGCCAAUGAAGUCAUUAUGGGGAUCACGAACAUUAACCAGGGAAAUAAUGCAUACAACAGGAGCAGCCGUUACGUGGAUAAAGCCCUGAAAUAUAUCCAGAUGGAAUUCUUUACCACAGGGAAUGGGGACCGUUCAAACGCCGCCAACUACUACAUUCUUCUGACUCAUGGACCUUCUGCUGGAAAUAAAGCUGCUGCAUUUGGAUCAGCGAUCAGAUCCAUAGCCUCCAGUAAUCUCUUCAUCGUUGGUGUAAACAUUUCCUCGAGUGAUGACUCUAAAUUUCUUGAUACUGUGGAUGACGACAAAUACCUGAAGGCCGUCAACUUUUCUGUGCUUCAAUGUAUCAACGAUGUGGUCGUUCCCAAUAUCACUCAGUGUCCAGACUCGGUCACCCCGGCUAGUUUAGUCUCUCCAAGUUGCCAACUUGAUAUCGUUUUUAUCAUGGAAAGGACAGAAACGUCCUCCCAUGAGAACUACGUGUUCCUGAAAAGUUUCUUCUCCAACAUAGCACUGCAGUUGGAUGUAUCCAGUAGCACUAUACGUAUUGGAGUCGUUACAUACGACACAGAUGCAUACACAACAAUCGCCCUGGACGCGUACAUUACACCUACAGAUAUCAGCUACCAGAUUCUGAAAUUACCGGAAGGUACAGGCAAAAGGAACAUGAUCGACACCGCACUGGUUCACACCAAAAAUAACUUCUUCACAGCAGUUAAUGGAGACCGUGCGAGCGCUGCUAAUUAUUAUGUGUUCGCCAUAGACGGAGUAAGAAGUGGCGCCUCUAUCCAGGCGGAAUAUAUUAUGAAAGGAUGGCCCAGCACUGUGUUUGCUAUUGAUAUAAACAGUGGUUAUGAAAAAGAGUAUAGAAGAACAGCGGGGGAUAAUAGUCGAUAUUUUUAUGCAUCUUCUUAUGCGAAUUUAUCCGCCAUCGAGUCUGACGUCAUCGCAGCCAUUACGAAAUGUCCUGUGCCACAACCAGUGACGACAACUGACGGUUCUCUUAUGUACGCUGAUGUUUCUGCCCCCUGCUUGAACAGUCUCAUUUAUCUUUAUCCGGAGGACCUAACAGAAGAAAAAGAUGGCGGACUAAAUACGAUGUACUUGAUGACUGAUUUUGUGUAUACCAUAACAAGUUGUUCACGCAUCACUUCUUGGGAAUUCUCCCAUUGGAAAUCUGGAUACAUUGACUUCAUGGUCUGGAGGCCAAGUGGUAGUAAUUAUAAACUGGUGGCUUACAACACUAUCUAUGUUUCAGGUAAAAAUACCACAACAUACACAGUGGUUGAGUACGAGAGGAUCGCCGUUCUUCAAGGUGACCUCAUAGGAUGGCGAAGCAAGGGAGAUAACUUAGUUACAAGUGGACCGUGUUUAGGACCAUGUGCGGAGGGAUACAAAGCGUCACCAAACAAUGUUCAAAUCGGAGAGGAGUUCGAUUGGACAAACUCGGGCACGUCGAUCAAUGGAACUGCAUAUGCUAUUAAAGCAUGCCUUGAGGACAAUGAAGCUAUAUCUUUCCCCACAACGACACUCAGCGCUAAGAUACCUGAUCACUUACCUGUUGGAUCUUUUGUUACGUUACUUGAGCCAGACGGCGCAGACUACGCUGAAGUCGUAAAUUAUACCGUCUUGCAACUCUCGUCGUAUCCAAAUUCUAUGGAAUAUUUUAAUGUUGGAGAAACAUCAGGCCAAAUUACAGUGGCUAAAAGGUUUGUGAAAGCCAAAGUGAAAAGUGAUUAUGCUUUCCUUAUCAGGGCUAAAGAUUCUUGCAAUACCACUGCAACAGCGACAAUUUCUAUUCAAACACAGAAUAUGCCCCCUGAAGUCCUUGGUAUGCCAAAUAUAAUCUCCAUAACCGAGGAAACCGAGGGAGAUAUAGUAUUGUAUACAACAAUUGUGGAAGAUCCAAGAGGGGAUAGCGUUUGUUGUUCAUUAGAGAGUACGUUACCCAAGACUAACAAUUUCGUGGUUUUCGGCAAUGACACAGGUUUCCGUGUCAACUAUUCCAUCAUGGCCAGCGACGCACCUGCGUUUUCUUACAGACAAUAUAAUUCUUACAUCGUAAAGUUAUGUUGUGACGACGACGAAGACAAAUCUACAGGAGUACUUAUUGUUAACAUCAAGAAACCAAACAAAACAACAACGUAUGAGCCGCCGGGAUGGUUCAUGGUCUCAAUAGGAAUAUCAUUAGCCCCUAUUUUCCUUAUGGCAUUUAUGGCAUGUGUUGUGCUUGUACAAACUAUGUUUGUACCAGAAGAAUUGAAGAAAAAAUAAGAUAUUGUUAUUACUUUGAACUUUGGAAUACAGCUGUAUGACAAGAGAUUUUUUAUGUUUUGUAAAUAAAAGUUGGUAAACAAAAUUGAAUUUUAUAUAAAGUAAUGUAGUAUUUUCCUGUAUUAUGUAUUUCUUGAAGAAAUUGGUUAAUUCUACAUGAUUGCAACUUUGCUUAAGCGGGAUGAUAUAUAAAAUAGAUUUAAAUUGGUGAAAAAUAACAAGAUAUAUGAUCUGUUUAAAAUGUGAACUCUUAAGAAAUUUUGAAUAUACAAUUUUGUAUUGAUCAUUUAUGUAUAUUAUGUAAUAAUGUAAAUAUAACUUUUGUUUCCGUUCGUGUGAUUUUUUUUAUUUCUUAUGAACCGUUGCCAUCAUUAUAGUAAACAUCAUGAGAAAAUACAUGAUCUAUAUUCGUCGGCUACUUUUUUUCCUACUCUCCUGUAUUAUUUCAUGAAACAAAAACUUUGUAAAUGUGUUUUGCUUUUGCCUGCGUAAUUAGUUAUUUUAGAGCAAUCAUUUAUGUGCUUAAAUUUGUAUGCUGAUUGUAGCUUCAUGGUAUGACUAUUUUUUAUAGAAUUUGUUUUCAAUUCGUCCUUAUAUUUGAAAGUAUUAAAACUGUGCUGGUAAAUUAUAGAUGAAUGUUACUGACACUGUGCCGAAUAAUUAUGCCAGUGUCAAGGUGACAUUUUCGCAACCGUCUAAGCUGCAUGUAUAGAAAAUUUGAAAUUUGUAAUAUGAUAGACCAUUGCUUAUAGAGUUUUUAACCACCUUUGUUAUUAAUGUAUGUUACAAGUCAGGUAGGAUAUUUACCUUUAAAAAAAAAUUUCUACAGGAAAAAAAAUUACAUAGGAUUUCUGUAGGAUUUUUAGAAAUUUUCAAUAUUUCCUGUAGGAAAACUAUCAUUAUUUUCCUUGUGGAUAUUAAUUUUUAAAGGCAAAUAUAUCGCAUGUCAGGUGGAACACAAUCAAAAUUAAAGUGGUUAUAUACCUUAAAGACAAUGGUCUAUUAUUUGAUAUAUAUGGAUUUUUAAACAUCUUAAACGGGUGAAAAAUGGCACCUUCGUACUGGCUUAAUUAUCAGGCACAAUGUUGUAUACAGAACAAAUAAAUACGAUUUUUAUUUUCGUCAUUAUUUCAAGAUCCAAAUGUAUCAAUCACCAUAAGUUUAUUUUUUGUAUCUCAAAGUGUACAUUAUGUGUAUAAUAGAUGCAAC